AUGGCCACAACCACACCUCUUCCUCCAGACCCAUCCGCCUCUACGAACAUCUCACCGCCUCAGCAACAGCAGCCCCAGGAAGAGUUCCCUUCCUAUACACCUUUUCUCCCCCCACCUUUCAACAUCACCACUUCUCCCCUCCCUCCCCCAGCACUAAUAACCCAAGGUGCCGAAGCGCUCUUAUACCGCACCCACUUCCUCGAUGCCAGCACACCAGCAGCGUUAAAGGUCCGACCCUCGAAACCCUACCGGCAUCCAACCCUCGACGCACGUCUGACAAAACAGCGAGUCCUAGCGGAGGCACGCGUGCUCGUCAAGCUAAGCGGACUGAGGAACGACGCCGGGAGCGGCAGUAGCGAAGUCAAUGUGCCUGCUGUGCUGAGUCUGGAGUGGGACGUCGCGCGACGGGUGAAAGGUGCGGAGGUGAGGAGAGAGCGCGGUGGAAGGACAGAGGGCGGCGGCGCGUGGCUGCUGAUGGAGUGGAUCGACGGCGAAUCGGUCAAGGACCUGCUGCGGCGGUAUGAUCUCUGGUGGAAAGCUCAGGAGACCACGCCGCGACGGACCGAGGCUGGAGGCGGCGGAGGCGGCCACGACGCGUUCGUCAGGGCCCAGGAAGAAGAUGUCAAAGCCCUGCUACGCCGCAUCGGGCGCGCUGUCGGUGCUCUGCAUUCCAAGGGCGGUGUCAUCCAUGGAGAUCUGACGACGAGUAAUAUCAUGAUACGACCGCCUACGAGCACGACCACAACCACUGCCACUGCCACUGCCACUGUCACUGUCACUGCCACACCAUCAUCUCCACCCAGCUUCGCCGGCGAGAUCGUCCUCAUCGACUUCGGGCUCGCAACACAGUCAGUCCAAGACGAAGACCGAGCCGUGGACCUGUACGUGCUGGAACGCGCGUUUGGGUCUACGCAUCCGCGGCAGGAAGGUUGGUUCGAUGCCGAGGUCCUGCAGGGCCCGGACGGCUACCGCGGCAGCUUCAGGGGCGCCGCGGUUGUUUUAAAGCGUCUUGAGGACGUGAGGCUGAGAGGGCGGAAGAGGAGUAUGGUGGGCUGA